AUGCCUGCGCCCGAAACCCCUCAUGAGACACGGCCCAUCCUCGGACAUGUAAAUCUGAUGAUGGAUAGCUUCAUCGCAAAUGCAGAGGCAGACGACCUCCGCGCCGUCGUGCGCACACUGCUCGCAACGAGUCCGCACAGCGUAACCGCGACAUUCACCGCCGUCGCGCGCCGCAGGCUCGAGAAGAUGAACGCCAAGGCGCUCCCGCCCUCCGUCCGCCUCUUCAUGAAGGCCGCCGACGGGCUCGCGCGCCCCGGGCCGGACCUCCGCCCUGUGCUCGCCCGCGCCCGCGCCCUAUACGGCGCCGGCAUGGGCUUCGCCAGCCUCGCCCUGCUCACCGACGUCGCGCGCCACACGCUCGGCCUGCGCUGGGACGAGGAGAGCGAGACCGGCGACGUGCUCGCCGCGAUCGACGCCGACAUCACGCAGGCGAUCCAGAGCGCCAAGGAGGAGCUCGGCGGCGCGCGGGUGGCUGACCUCCCCGGCGCGCGCACGACGGUCGGCGAGCUGUACGGCGUGCUGACGCACUGCGAGCAGGACGCCGCGCGCUGGGGAGGGGUGUUCCCGUUCGAGCGCGCCGCGAUGAGCAUCCAGUAUUGGAAAUUCUAG